AUGGAACUAAGCGUGGAAGGACUUGAAGGACGUUUCGUAAAGGGUGUGAAACGGCUAAAUUCUGUGGACUAUGGCAAUCGGUAUAUCCAUCUAAAGGUCACAGCUCCGAGCCAUUUAUGCACGGAACAACGUUCGCUGAUGUUGGCAUGGGCUGGUACAGAAGAACCUAAAAGUGGAACAAUGAACGGUUUUGAAGAAUAUAGUGAGGGGAGUUGUGUACCUUCAGAAUUAAUUGGGAAUUUACACGGAAUUUUGCCUCAAGCACGAAAUUCGCAGUACAGUCAAAGCAACGGCAAGAAGAGGAAUCGAGGGAUGAAAGAUCUAAGGAGAAUCAGUCACCCAAUGAAAGGUUUGCUAGGUCCUGGAAAAUUCAGAUUCCUAAUUGCCUAUGACUUCAACUGUACUAUCACAUUUAGGUCUUUGUUUGUCAUUUGUAUCAAUUUCCACGAUAAACGGUUACAUAUCAAUGGCAGAGAACUGCUGUUCUCGUUGAUGUUGCUCUCGUUUGCUACUCACUUGAAUGCACUAAUUCUUAUUCAUGUUGGUGCGUUGGAGGAACAACACUUAAGAUUUAUGCUCAGCAUGGAUUUGGCAUCUGCAUCAUUUGACUUCUUAGAAACCAAUAUUGAGAGUGGUUGCGCGACAUCGGCGUGCACAGAUUUGGUGCUCGUGUCAGAUGAAGAUUUGUUUGCUGAUUGUAAUCCUACAGCGGAUCGCUAUGCGGAGCUAUUGGGUUUGGUAGAAGCUCAAAUAGAACUUAUCGAUCGCCAUCUAGAUGAGAUUGAAAUGAAGCGGAAGAGACUUUCAGAAAAAAAGUCAGUGUUGGAAAAGAAAAUAGUGGAGCAGGAUCAGCGGCAAGACCGUCCACUAAGGAACAAAUUUCCUGUUACUCAGUAUCUUCCUCCAUAUUUCAAGGACGAAAAUAUGAUGUGCCCACCUCUGAACGAAGAGGCGAAACACAAACUUGAGCACACUACUUUCGAUCCUCUAGUCAAAGAAGACAAAAAAUGGACGUCCAAUGAGCUACGCUUACUUCGAGAGUCUGUGGAAAAUUCUGUCAUACAAGCGGGUAUCCAGAAAUUCAUUGACAGGAAGCAAAUCAUACGCUCCAAAAUUCUUCAUGCGGGCGUUGAAAGCACAAGUGAGGAACUGAAAGCAUGGAAAGAAGAAAUCGAGGCUCUCGAUCGCAAGAUUAAGUAUUGGCGUGCAGGGCAAGUAGAUUCGCGAGAAGUGGAUGUCGUUGAAUAUUCUUGUGUUGACUGGGUGAAAAUGUCAAUUGCUGAAUUCAAAGGAAUUCGGUCUGCUGCAGCGCUGAGGUACAAAUGGUUAAAUGAACAGUGUCCACGAUGGAAUAGCGGGCCGUGGACGAAAGAGGAAUUAGAGCGGCUUAAACAACUUCGUGAAGAGAAGUCCUUUACAUCGUGGGCUGCGCUUGCAAAAAAACUUGGGACCGACCGCACUCCAUAUCAGUGUUUCGCGAAGUAUCGUAGUGACAUAUUUAGAUCGACUAAAGAAUGGACUAAAGAAGAAGAUGAUCGUUUGGUUGCUCUGGUAAAAAUUUUGUCUGUUAAUGGCACGGUACAAUGGGACAAAGUUACUUUCUACAUGCCUGGACGCAGUCGUCAACAAGUUCGUAUUCGAUAUCAACACGAUGGAAACGUUCGACAUGGUCGCUGGACUGAUGAUGAGGAUCUCUUGCUGAUGUCAGCUGUAGCGCGGUUGGGUGCCAGAGACUGGGCAAAGGUGGCGAAGUGCGUGGUAGGGAGAUCAGAUGCUCAAUGUAGAGAGCGAUGGUGUAACGUCUUGGAAUGUACUGAAACAAACGACUGGACGGCUGAGGAAGAUGAGCGGUUGGUUUUUGGUGUGCAGAUGUUCGGAAAAGGACAAUGGGCAAAACUCGCAGAGAUUUUGCCAAGGCAUAAUCCAGCAGACAUUCGAAGGCGUUACCAGCGAUUAUUGAGAACAAAAAUGAGAGCUUGUUCUGCGGAGCUUGUUGGCUAUCCUGUGGUGGGUAAGAUGUCUUCAGUGGUAACAGCCGUUCAUAAAGCGAAGCGUGACGUCCGACAAGGAAACAAAUUCAGUGAUGAGGAAAAAACUUUGCUAGAAAAAGGAAUCGAGGAAAUUACUAAGAAGUUCAGAAGUAGCGAUCAUACUCCAUCUGCAACCGACGUGAUUAAAAAGAUUAGUUUUACACGGAAAGAAAUUAGUAGAAUAAAAGCCGCAGCACACAAGUAUGCUACUGGCGAAAGACCUAAACGAAUCUAUCAUCAAAUAGGUGGGGUUAAAAGGAUAAGAAAGAAUAUGGAUUUGCUUCCCAACGCUUUAUAUGAGCGGACUGUAUUCGGACCAGAAGAGACAGAGGAGGAACGUAUCAUUUGCUUGACAAAAGCACUGUGUCAUGCCGUGCAUAAGUACGAUCAAUACGAAUGGUGCAACAGAUUUUUCGCGAGUCGAUCUGAACCUGAGAAGGUCGCGUCAAAUUUUGUUACCGGCAUGCUUUGCAAUCGUUGCGUGGAAGUGGCAAAUAGUUUAAAACACUGCGCACCGCUUCCACUAGGAACAACAUUGCCUCCGACAUUCACCACCACAUCGGCUUAUCGUGUCUUUGAGAGGGCUCGCUUGUCGUUGACGAAGCGCACUUCAUGUUAUUUUUGUCCUAGUAGUGUAGAUGCAAUAAAUACUUCGGCGAUGCCUCAUGGUGACGGUGUGGAUGAAUUUACGGCUCAAGUGCGUUGUCUUCUUCGUGAACCCAUUCGUCUGGUAUUUGCAAUAGAUCCUCCUGGUGUGGAACAGCAAGGAAAGAGGAAUCGGACGGAACUCAUCCAGACGGUAAUGGAGGAACAGGAGUUUCCUUAUGAAGAACACGGGUUAUAUUAUGUGGAAAAUGAAGUGGUAAUUAGUUCCACUGAACAUUGCGGAGCUAUUGAUUAUGAGGACCCCGUCGAUGAUGCCCUUAACGGGACAGUACAUACGGUUAUGGAUCGAGUUUUCAAUCCCCCCCAAAAGAAGAAGUGUGGAAGACCAUCUAAGAGAGACCGACUGUUUCGCACUUUAUUCAUUUCGGAAAAAGAAUCGGAUAUUCGUAAAAAACGAAUUUUACCUCCUCGUUCAGCGAAGAAAAACAGGUCGGCGUUUGCUGGUGGAAAUUCUUCUGAUGUUUAUGAUUUGAAAUUGGACUCUGAAAACAGUGUAGAUGUGUUCCCGCUAAGAUCACAAGUAAGUAGUUGA